AUGUCUGGCCCUCCCUCGCGCAUUCGCUCCAUCCUCAACCACCUCCGGCCUCACCCCGCCGCGUCUCCAAGCUUCCACACCCUCUCCCCGACCACCUUUCUCGAGCGCGCCGCCUCGAUUGAGCCCGACGCCGAGGCCAUCUUCCACAUCACCGUCAACGGCGCCGUCCUGCGCCGUUCAUACGCUGAGUUUGCCGAUCGCGCACGCGGCCUGGCCUACUACCUCCUCAAGCAUGGCUACCGUCGAGUCGGCAUCCUCGCCCCCAACACGCCUGCCUUUCUCGAGUCCAUCUACGGCAUCGUCGCUGCUGGCGCUGUGAUUGUCCCGGCAAACUACCGCCUGAAGCCUGAUGAUAUUUCUUACAUCUUUGACUUUGCCGAGGUGGACUGCAUUGUCGUGGAUAACGAGUUUGUUGGCCUGCUUGAUGCGUACAAGGAGAAGCACCAGAAUGUGCCAUUCAUUGUUGAUCUGGACACCGAUGCGACAGAAGGCCAACUCUGCGGUCCCUUUGAUGAGGCUGUUCUCGAGGGUUUGAAGCAUGACAUUGAUCAGGGUAGCCAGGGCUGGGCAGGUCUCCAUGCCCAGGCCCGGAGUGAGGACGAUAUGUUGGCCAUUCCCUUCACCUCUGGAACAACUUCGCGUCCCAAGGGUGUUGUCUACACUCACCGAGGUGCCUACCUGGCUACCCUGGCCAACAUUAUCGAGUCUGGUCUCAACAUUGGACGCUGCAAGUAUCUCUGGACUCUUCCCAUGUUCCAUGCCAUUGGUUGGACAUUCCCUUGGUCAACUGUCGCUGUCCGGGGCACCAAUGUCUGUCUGCGAAAGAUUGAUUACCCGCUCCUCUGGAAGCUCCUGAAGGAGGAGGGCAUCACUCAUUUCAAUGCUGCCCCCACUGUCAACACAUUGCUGGUCGCUGCCAAGGAGGCCGAGAGAUUGCCUCGGGAAGUCAAGGUCACUGUGGCAGCCAGCCCUCCCAGUGGUCAUCUCUUUGAACAGAUGACCAACCUCAAUCUCAUCCCAGUUCACGUUUAUGGAAUGACAGAAACCUAUGGUCCCAUCACCAAGUGCUACACCCUUCCUGAGUGGGAUGAUCUCCCUCCUCAUGAAAAGUAUGCCAAGAUGGCCCGCCAAGGUCACGGCUUCAUCACCAGUCUCCCCAUUCGUAUUAUCAAGCCGGACCAGCCCCAGGGCGUCCUCAUCGACGUGGCCAAGGAUGGCAAGGAGAUUGGUGAGAUCGUCUUCCUCGGAAACAUCUGCGCCAAGGAGUACUACAAGGACCCUGAAGCCACGCGCCAGCUCUUUGCAGGAGGCGUGCUUCACUCGGGCGAUCUUGCAGUCUGGCACCCAGAUGGUAGCGCUCAGAUCCUGGACCGAGCAAAGGACAUCAUCAUUUCAGGAGGCGAGAACAUUUCGUCGGUUGCCCUUGAGAGCAUGCUGGUGGAGCAUCCCGACGUGCUCGAGGCGGGUGUUGUCGCCGUGCCCGACUCUCACUGGGGUGAGCGACCAAAGGCAUAUGUCACCGUCAAGGAGGGCAAGGCCGUGACGGGCGAUGAGAUCAUUUCGUGGGCCAAGCACCAGAGUGAUAUCAGCCGAUUCAUGGUUCCUCGUGAGGUGGAGGUUGUUAACGAGCUGCCCAAGACCAGCACGGGCAAGAUUAAGAAGAAUGUCCUCAGGGAGUGGGCCAAGAAUGGCAGGGAGCAAUCUGGUGGCAAGUCAUAG